AUGGAGGCCACGUCACUUCAGCAGUUUGUGCUGAUUCAGAGGACUCUCACUCAGUGGUUUAAUCGAAGAGAGAACACCCAGGAAGUCACUGUCCUCUCCCAGGGCCUUGCUGCAGAGGACUGCCUCGCUGUGGCCAGCUCACAGCUUCCUGCUCCACGGGAAAGCCUGGAUGAGGCUUCCUCCACAUCAAGGGCCCGGCACGAAUUUGUCCUGCCUCCAAACCGAGCGGGACAAACGACCUGCCAGUGCUACAGUUGUGCGGCCCAUCACCCCAGCAGCUCCUCUUCCUUUAGUUCCUGCGCCACUGCCCCAGAUUUUUGUUUUGAACCCUGUGCCCACGCUGAUUUCCAAAGGUGCAGGUGGCCCUUCAGCUGCUCGUCUCCUGGCUCCAACUCCUGUGUUUCCUGCCGCGCCCGAGGCUCCUGCUCCCACUGCCCCAGUGUCUGUGCCCCGCUUCACGCAGAGAAACAGACGACGCAGGGCAGAAAAGGAGGCCAGUGGAACUCACAAAAGACGAUAUGUCCGUGA